AUUGAAGACAAAAAUGGGAGGUGGUGGCAAUAUGUCUGCUCCAACAGCUAAAACAGAACAAAAGAAAAAUCCUCUCGAAAGAGUACCAAGUUUAAAGCCCCCUUUUACGAUUGGUGAUGUCAAGAAGGCUAUCCCUCCUCACUGCUUUCAACGAUCUCUCAUCCGCUCAUCCUCCUAUCUUGUUCAAGAUCUCGUGCUUGUCUCCGUAUUUUAUUAUAUUGCCUCCACUUACUUCCACCUCCUUCCAUCCCCGUAUUAUUACCUAGCAUGGCCUAUUUACUGGACUGUUCAAGGUUGUGUUUGCACCGCACUGUGGGUCAUUGCCCAUGAAUGUGGCCAUCAGGCCUUUAGUGAUUACCAGUGGAUAAAUGACACUGUCGGUUUUAUCUUCCACUCUGCACUUUUAACACCUUAUUUCUCAUGGAAAUAUAGUCAUCGUCGUCACCACUCCAACACUAAUUCCCUUGACCAUGACGAAAACCAUGUUCCAAAGGUUAAAACCAAACUAAGAUGGUUUACCAAAUUAUACAUGAAUAAUCCACUAGGACGAUUACUCAUACUUGCCUUCACUCUCACUGCUGGCUUGCCUUUGUACUAUGCCAUAAAUAUAGCUGGUAGACCUUAUGAUCGCUUUGCAAGUCAUUAUGAUCCAUAUAGCCCUAUUUAUAAUGAUCGUGAGAGACUACAAAUCUACAUUUCAGACGCAGGUGUGAUUGCAACUAUUUAUGUAUUGUAUCGCGUUGCUCUGACACAAGGGCUAACUUGGAUUGUAUGCAUCUAUGGGGUGCCCUUACUAGUUGUAAACGGGUUCAUUGUGUUAAUAACUUUAUUACACCACACACACGCUUCAUUACCACAUUAUGAUUCAUCAGAGUGGGAUUGGCUAAGAGGAGCACUAGCUACGGUAGACAGAGACUAUGGUGUGCUAACUAAGGUGUUCCAUAAUAUUACAGAUACACAUGUUGUGCAUCAUUUAUUCUCAAGUAUUCCACAUUAUCACGCGAUGGAGGCAACUAAAGCUGUGAGGCCAUUACUAGGAGAAUACUAUCAAUUUGAUGGAACUCCAUUUUACAAAGCAAUAUGGAGGGAUUUUAAUGAGUGUCAAUAUGUGGAGAAAGAUGAAGCAUCUCAGGGUAUUUUCUGGUAUAAAAAACAACUUCUAAAUUUGAAAUAG